GGCAUGUCCUGCCGUAAGAAGAACAUAACAAUUCCUAGCAGGACCUCAGAGUAUUUCAGGGAAAACUACAGCCGAGGAACGAGCCAUGAGAGCCGACAUAAUAGCAGUUCUGAUCCUACACAUGGACCUGAUCAGUGGAAAAAUGCACAUUCAGCUAAAUCCUCAAUAUCCAAUAGUCAAGGAAUCUGUCAUGUUAAGCGUUACUGGGAUUCAGGGAACCAUUGUGUAUUUUACCUGGUUUAAAGGACCAAACACAAGCUCUGAAUACCAAAUCUUAACGUAUAUGAAUGGUUUAGAAGUCCGAGGGAAACUGCCCAUGUCUCGCGUCAGUGCUUUCUCUAAUGGAUCCUUACUGAUCACGGAUCUUCAAGUUGGGGAUGGAGGGUAUUACAGAGUGAAGGUACAGACGGAGAAACAAGAAGAUACAGAUGUGUUCUUACAAGUAUAUGAAAAUGUCAGUAAGCCAGUGAUCACAGCGUCUCAUACCGGAAUCAGAGAAAAUGAUUUUGUUUCUCUGACAUGUGACUCCGUCAAUGCUGACAGGAUCGUAUGGAUCAGAUCGAGCUCAGAAACUAUAAACUUUGAAAUUGGAAACAUUGUAAAGUACGAUAACGGGACCAUCAUAUUCUCUAAUAUUAAGCGCAGCGACGAGGGAAACUACGAGUGCCGGGCUGAGAACCUGGUCAGUCACAGCUCCAGUGAAGUUUAUACUCUGACCAUAUUACGUGAAGACAAUGAACCAGUCACUCAGGAACCAUAUGGAUCCACCUCAACUUCACAGAAUAUUACAGCAUCAUCAGACUCUAAACAUGCAAGCUUCCAUGAAUCAGUCCUAUAUAAAAGUGCAGGAGUUACAGCAGGAAUUAUAUGUGGGACAAUCCUGGGAAUUCUAUUAUUUGUUACUCUAAGCUUUUUUCUCUAUAAGAGAUACGGCCCUCGUAGAAAAAAGCCAAUGACAGGAACCCCAAUCAAUGGACCAGAAUCAUAUGCCGUAUACAACAAUAUACUAGACCCAACAACAGAAUUGGAGCCGAAAAAUGAACCUUUGUACAUGUGUCUUGACAUUAGUUCAGAAGGGACAUACGAUGAACUAUACAAAUGACUCUGCAAUGCCAGUAAAAUGGGGUCCGUUCAACCUUCUGUUUAGUCACCUUUAAUGUUGUCAUUGGAAACAUCACCUUGACAUUCAGCACCUAUUAUCCUGAAGACCUAAUGGUGGAACACAACUGCUGUAAAAAAAUUAUGCACAAAUAAAUAUAGAAUAAUAUA